AUGAUCACAGACAUACAGCUCGCCAUCUUGGCCAACAUACUGGGUGUGUCGCUCUUCUUGUUUGUGGUUCUCUAUCACUAUGUAGCUGUCAAUAAUCCCAAAAAGAAGCAAUGA